CUCCACAAGCUUAUUCUCAGUGAUUCAAUCUCUGGUCGUGGAGAACAGUCCCAGCUUCUCCUUCUCAAAUGGGCCCCGUUGCCUAGCGUCUAACCCCCUAGAGCCAGGCUCCUGAGGACGAAGCAAGUCGGAAAACAGGGUUUACAUCAUCUUAAGUAAAGCAAGGCUUGAACCAUCAUGGCUUCCAUUCCAUCAAGUGGCUCACUCGUCGCAACCCACGACUACUACCGAAGACGCCUGGGAUCCACCUCCAGUAACAGCUCCUGCGGCAGCGUGGACUAUUCUGGAGAGGUCAUUCCCCACCACCCAGGUCUCCCAAAGUCGGAUCCUGGUCACUGGUGGGCCAGCUUCUUCUUUGGUAAACCACCUCAUCCCGUCAUGACCACUGUUUCUGAAUCCCCGGAGAACUCAGGAAGCAUCCGUGUGACCAAUGGCCUUAUCCCUUGUGGCCUGGCUCAGGAGGCGGUGAGGAAGAACGUCAGUGAGACCAAGACUGACUCCAGCGCCUCCGCCUGACCCCGCUAUGCAUUCCCCCUCCUCACCGGAAAGACGCUGGGUGAUGGAGCCCAUUCCCCACCCCCCAUCCCCCACAGGCUGAUCCCCCCCCCCCCCCCCCCCGUAGCUUUUGGUCGUCGCUUUUUUUUUUCUUUUUUAUGGUUUUUAUACAAUGAAAAAAUAAAUAAAAAGUAACUUGUUUUUAUUACAUCUGUAACACUGAAACAUUCUUAAAUUUUUUUUGUUCCCCCUCCCCCACCUACGAUGCCUUGUUUUUGUUUGUAAUUGUCUAAUAAAGUUUGGCAGCCUGUUAAA